UUAGUAACAAUAUUUUGGAUUUGAGACUAGUAAACACUAAAAGUUAUGUGUGGUAUAUGUUGAGAAGUCAAACUUUGAAUUAUGGCAGAUUUUUGGAACUACAAAGUAAUUGGAAAACCUAUCAGCUGCAAAUUGAAAGUUUCCACUAUCGAUCAUGCUGAUAUUUUACUUAAUGCAAGAAAGACUCUUGAAGAAUGUGUCCAAUAUUUCAUCAAAAAAGAUCCACUUGACAAUGAGAGUUUCAUCUUACAGAGAUUAAUCUACAUGAAAAAUGGACAGCUUCGAAGGGAGAAGUCAUUCCAAGGUCUUAAACAGAUAUUGUCAGCAAUCAGACGACUCAAAGAUGUAGAUCUUCAGGCCAUUUUUAAUGACAUACAUGAGGAUUUUAAACAAGCAGAACUGGAGAGUGCCGUACUGUCAUACUUGCCAUCCCAACAGAUGUGGGAGUAUUUGUUGACAAGGAUUCUCAGUGUAGCAGUCCUUCUGGGCAGCAUCAUCUCUCGCUGUAUGACAGUUUUUGUUCAUGUAAAACGACAUCUUUCAUGUGGCAUUUUGAUUGGACUUAAUUUGACAUUUCUAGCACUACUUAGUAGAAUUUGGGCUCGGUGUCGGUCAUUAUCUGAGGCCUAUCAGAAAUGGUACCAAGAUUUAUAUCCAGUUCUUUUUGUGUUGACCCCAACAAACGUUAGAUGGCUCCCAGAAGGCCAGGAGUUGCCUUGUGACUUGGAAGCAUGGCAGAAGAGCCAUGGAUUUACUCCUGCUUUACAGGAAAGCUCUUUGGAGGUACUGAUUGAUGAUUGGGCUGUACUUUUGAAGAAGUAUGAAUCUGUUCACGGAGAUGACAUUGAAGAACAAAUGACAGAUAUUUCCGAAAUAGACAGAUUGCCAGACCUAGAUCUUGGAUAUUUGGAUGAAGACGUUGGUGAAUCUGUGAGCUUAAAUGAAGCAGCUACAACAUGGAGUGCAGGCAGAGAUGAACAAUUUAUAAAAAACAAAUCAGAGAAGAAGAAGAAAAUGAAAGAGGCAAAGAAGGAGAAAAAGGAGAAGCAGAGGUUAUCGCAGAAAGAUUUGGUGAUACCUUGGGAUGCAGAUAUAACACAUAAGAUUGAAGAAGCUUCCUCUUUUGGCCAUCUGCUAACAUUCCUUAAACAAUGGCGGAACCAACUGUGCCAUAGGCAUGAUAUAAGACAUGAUAAGUGCCAUUCAGCUCUCAUUUCUUUGCGAAAGAAAGCUCGAAAGGCUAUGCUGAAAAAUAAUCCUACACAGCAUAGUGUUUUUUUGCAAAAUGCAAAGAAGAAACUGUCCAAAUUUCUUAAGUGGACAAUCAAAAAUAAGAAUCUUAAAAGUACCAAGAAACCAAAAAGGGUAAAAUCAAAGUCUACAUCUAUCAGUGAGAGCAUAUAAUAUCAAAAGAGAUGCCGGUGAAAUGGAACAGAUUAAAAACAUUUCAAAAUCAAACACACAAAAUUUAUUAGCCAAAAGACAAUUACAACGGGUUAUUAAAAGUAUGAGGAGGAACCACUGUUUCAAAUUAAAGGGAAAAGUUUACCAACUGUCAAAAGAAGAAGCAAAAUCCUUUUUGUCAGAUUUUUCACUAUUUGAAACUCAGGAUUUGUCAGAGGCAGCUCACAGGGACAAUUUCAGAAAAGCAAAAAGAGCUCUGAAGAAAUUUGUGAAAGAAAAAGAGGCAUGAAAAUGAAUGUGUUGAGUGGACAACAGUUGCUGCAGUGGUAGAUUCUGUGUGUUUCUGUUUAUUUUCAGUAAGUACUGCACAUCAGGGAUUUAGUAUUUAAUUUAUAUUAUCACUUCAAUGUACUUUUGCAAGAGGGAAAGGGGUUUCUGAUAGGGAAGAAAUGAUGUUUUAAAAAUAUAUUAACAUUCAUUCACUUGUUAGCACAGAGACUCAUUCUUGGCCAAAGUUAGAAUAGCUUGGCUAAGUAAUACAAAAGGAAUAAAACUGCAGUGCCUACUGAUGUGUUGUCAU